AUGCCUUCAUUCAUCCAGACCUUGGGGUUGGGCCUCAGCGCCGCACUCCUUGUUGCAGCUUCACCUAUGCCAGCACCUACAACUGGUCCUCAAUUGAACCAGGCAGUGGCUCUUGAGAAGCGAGCAUCUUGCACUUUCACCGACGCAGCUGCCGUCAGCAAGUCCAAGACAUCCUGCGCUACCAUUGUCUUGAACAACAUUGCUGUUCCUUCUGGCACAACUCUGGACAUGACCAAGCUUACUUCUGGUACUCAUGUAAUCUUCCAAGGCAAAACCACCUUCGGUUACGAAGAAUGGUCCGGCCCUCUGAUCUCUGUCUCUGGUGUAGAUAUCACAGUUACUGGUGCUUCUGGACACUCAAUUGACGGUAACGGUGCGGCUUGGUGGGACGGAAAGGGAACGAAUGGUGGAAAGACGAAGCCCAAAUUCUUCUACGCUCAUUCCCUUACUGGCACAUCUUCCAUUUCCAACCUCAACGUCAAGAACACUCCCGUCCAAGGUUUCUCCAUCAACGGUGCUACUGGCCUCACCCUCUCUGGCAUCACAAUCGACAACAGUGCUGGUGACACCGGUGCUUUAGGGCAUAACACUGAUGCUUUUGACGUUGGAUCCAGCACCAACAUCAUUAUCACUGGUGCCAAUGUUAAGAACCAGGACGAUUGCUUGGCGAUUAACUCAGGAACUUCCAUCACUUUCACCAAAGGUACCUGCUCGGGUGGUCACGGUCUAUCCAUUGGGUCCGUCGGUGGACGUGAUGAUAACACCGUCAAAACCGUCACAAUCUCUUCCUCCUCAAUUGUGAACUCUGCGAAUGGUGUCCGUGUCAAGACAGUUUCCGGUGCCACUGGAAGUGUUUCGGGCGUCACAUACAAAGACAUAACCCUCUCCAACAUCUCCGAUUAUGGAAUUGUUAUCGAACAAGAUUAUGAGAAUGGAUCGCCAACAGGAACACCAACAGCUGGUGUCCCAAUCACUGGUUUGACUCUCAAUGGGGUGACCGGAACCGUUGCUUCAGGAGGUACCAACAUCAAGAUCCUUUGCGCCGCCUGCUCGGGAUGGACAUGGACUGGUGUGAGCGUUACUGGUGGUAAGAAGAGCACUGCUUGCAAGGGUGUACCAACUGGUGCUUCUUGCUAA